AUGUUCUCUGACAGCAGGGCUCCAGUGCCCGGGGAGCAGAGAGGCUUCAAGCCCCACACCCCUCACUUCAUCCCUUGGCUGCGCAAUAGCCUGAAGUCCCACCACAGCAGCGACCUGGGGCUCAACAGACCAUACAAAUCCAACUCGGAGGCUCGCAACAACCUGACCCCGCUGGAAAGGGCCAAGGGGAUUGGGUUCUUCUCCAUCCCGGGAAGGGACCGGGCAAAAAAGGGUGACCUUCGGUGCAAUGGCGUGGGGAUGGCGAGGAUGCUCCCUGUGGUGCUGCAGAGGGGCCCCCACAUUCUACCGGGGAGUCGGGGGAAGCAGAGGGAUGACAGUCCCGUUAAGUCCAACCAGACGCCAGAGUCAGACCUGGACCCUGUGCACACACAGAUCAGCCCAGGGGAUGGGCCACAGGGUCUGGUCAACAGCUCCACCUCUGCCCAGGACAACCACGCUUUUGUUAGGAACCACAGCAGCCACCUGAGCCCCCCUCACUCACAGAAUGACAGGACUAGCACUUUGGUGAAGAAAUAUGGGCCACUAGUGGGACCACCUCCUGGUCCUGUUCCCGUUCCAACGCUGCUCGCUGAGGAGCCAAACUGUAAGGUGCCUGUUGUGGUGUGCAUGGAGGACAGGAGGGGGGAGGCUUGGGACUAUGCCAGCCACACCACACACCGCCAGAGAGACCUCCAUUCAUCCAGCUGGCUCAGCUCAGACACUCAGGGACUAAUAGAGAGGCAGCACAGGUUCAGCUCCAGCUUCAGCUACAUCAAACAACAGAGCAGGAACUCCCAGAGCCAGAGAGACCUGCGGGAACCACCUGUGGAGGGUUUCAACGGGCCCCUCAACGGAGUCAUCUUCUCCACCGAGGCCAAACAGCGAGGGGAGUCACAGAGGAGGGAGGCCGGCUGCAGCAGGAGGGUGGUUCGAAACCAGAUCAAACGGGUAGUGGACAACCUGGAGCAGGUUCUUACAGCACUGAGGGACGUCCACCAGGAAAUGAAAGAGGUGGUGCAGCAGAUUGACUAUCUGACCUCAUCCAUUGAUCUGAAUGAGGAGGAGCAGCAGGGGACCGGAGGAGGCAACAGUGCCAAGCCUCCCAGUGACAGCAGCUCCAGUUCAGGUUCCAGCUCCAGCGAGGUGACGUUAGGCAGCACCCAUCAGAGGCCCCCAGAGCCUGAAGACCAGCCAGGAGCCACAAACUCAUCUGGCACCCUCAGGAGAGAUCACCAUGGCAGGAGCCAGUCUCCACCAAGCGUGCAGCUGUGCCCGGCGUCCUCUGGGUUUUCAUCGGAGAGGAGUCAAACUCUUGGGUUCACCUGUAGUCUUGGGUCUUCUCCCAGACGAGGUGGGCCGCUGCCACCCACCAGUAAUCUCCCUUCAUCCAGUCCACCUCAAUUUCAAAACCUCACCUCCCACGACCUUACCCUGCCCCCCCAAAGGAGCUUCCCUGUUCGGCCUCCCACUCCUGGUCUCUCCCCUCUGACGGUGAACCUCCAAGCCCCCAACAGCCCUGGUUCUCAGCCUCACUCCCCUGGUCCCUCCUCCUCCUCCAUCGGGGUCAGGCCUGUCUCCCCUCCCUCCCCUCUAUCUCCGAAGCCUCAUCCACCCCCCGCCCUAAGCCCGUCUGUCAUCAUAGAGACCAAAGUCGGGUCUUAUCAGACCCCACAAAGCGACCACCCAUCUGCUGGCCCGCUCUCUCCGCCAUCGACCCAGCCUCCGUCUGCCACCUGCCCACCCACGGAUUCAGAAACUCAGACUGCACCCAACGGUGACAGAGAGAGGCGAGCAUCCUCAGCAGGGCCUGUUCACGCAGCUUCACAGGUGUGCGCCACGGCUGUAGCCGCGGCCAAGCCACCAACAGUGCAAGGCCGCAGAGGUCGCAAACCUCCACCUUACCCUCACCACAGGUUCUCUGAACACACAAAGAAAGCGAAGGAGCCCCGCAAAGCUCCUCCGUAUCCAGAGAAAAGAAGGCUGCUCUCGACCACAGUGUGAGACAAUGCAGCAGGAGGGGGGAGGCUGAUCGAACAGAGCCAUAUUCACAGCACCAGCCACGAGUCUGCGAGAGCGGAGAGUGAUUUAAGGCUCGCCAAGUUGAGCUGAGACCAAGUUUCCAAGGUGACAGGACGUAGAUGCAGCUAGGGGUGAGUAUGUCAGGAGGAACAGCUUGGCUCUGCUGACGUCCUUUUCCCUCUCUCUUUCUAGACAAAUCUCUUGAGUACAUACCCUAAACAUACACAGGGCAUCAUAACAUCUGUCUGGGUUACUGCUCUGGUAACAAGAGCCUCUAUACAGAUGCUCACUUUGCACCCCAGCUCUCAGACUCCCACAGAUUGCGCAGUUAAAGGGCAAAGGAGAGGGCCUAAUUAAAUAGAAAUAUGAGGCAAAUUGCAGUGAUUGCAAGAUGACAAGACAAAAUAAGAACUGAUUACUUUUGUGCACUUCAACCCAUGCAGUUAGACACUUCCACCUCACAUGUAUCACUUUUGUCUGGGUCAGAUAAUUGCUGUCAGGAGUCGAGAUGGUAUAAUGAGAACUCAGUGCAGCUCAAGCUACUCUGGCUCAGCGGUGUGAAAAGCACAGGCGGGGGCAGAAAGCCUAGAUCUGGAGACAGAAAAGGUCUCAUAAUAUGAAAAACUUAUCAAGGCCAGAUAAGAAGUGAGCAGGCCGACUGGCUCCACGCUGACUGGGUCACCAGCCCGGCGUCGGGGUGUGCGUCAGGGGAGACAGGGGGCAGCUGGCCAUUCGUUGUACCCUUCACCGGGCCCCUGGUGUUACAAAAAUCCCAUCUCCUUUGCUGCCUCUGGCUUGACCGACCCGGCCACAAUCUCCAUCUGUUCCCCUCCAAAUGUCAGGAGAUGCAAAGAGAGAGAAAUAGGGGGCAGGUGUGUUAGAGAGGAAAGAGAGGGAAAAAAAGACACUGGAAUGCCAGCCGGAUUGAUUACAUAAAUACAGCGCAGAAAAUCGAUGGUUCGUUCAUUUAGGUCGUCCGAUGUUGUCCUCUCUGAAAUGUUACUGAAAUGCAUUUCAUUUCCUACUUUUGUCUCUUUCCUGAAGGUUAAAGCUGUGUUAUCCCAUGUUUCUGACUAUAAAUGAAUCAAAUGAAAAGACCAAAACCAACAGUGUGUCAGUCUGUCUCUCUUUACUUUCCAACUUCCCUUCGUUGUCUGUGGCACUCAGUCUAAAGCCCAUUGGUUCCUAGCGAGGAAGUGAAUCUACUAAAUAAAUAGUUUUAUUUUUAUAAAAUGCACAGCUCAUCCCCACUGUAAUUUUAGGAAACGUCACUCAAACAGGGCUCAAUAGCACAUUUGUUGGGACUAUUUUCAAUUGUGGAUUAAUACACAUUUGGAACUGUUGUGAGUAUUUCUGGCAGCAGGAGGAGGCUGUAUUCGGUUUUGUCUCAAAAUAAAUCACAGCGUUUGAGUUUAAAAUUAAGCAACAGUUAACACACUUCAACUAUAUGGCUCAUCUAUAUGUUUUUAAUCAUUCUUGGACAACAGCGGAGAUCUUUGGCAAAGAGGAAUGAGCUGUACAACAACAAAAGACACAGAAUCAUUAUCAACUUCAUGACUUUUCCUGGGAUUUGUUGACACUGGAAAAAUGACAGAAUAUUACAGGAUGUUGCCUCCUUGGUUCAGUGAGGCACAGAUGUGUUUAAAAGCUAAAUGCUAACAUUAUCAUGCUAAUAUGCUGGUGUGAAACAGGUCCAGCAGCGUAGCUUAGGGGGUUAGUGUGUUAAUAGCUGUUAAAUGGCAAUACAGCUGAGGCUGAUGGGAAUGUUGUUUGUUUAGCAGGUAUGAGACAUCAGGAGUGUGUGUAUAAAAAUUUCAUGGAAAUUCAUUCUGUAGUUGUUGAGCUACUUCAGUGUGGGCCACAGUGGUGGACCUGGACUGACCAGCUAUAUGCUGCUAGCAUGGCUGAAAAUCAAAGCUCUUUAAUGCACGCUAUUGUAAUCUAAGCCUGUGCUCUGCAGCAUUGAGUGUAUAUAUUUUCCUAAUGGUUGUACUGGGGGGGUGG